AUGAUUCCAAAUCCUGGCCUUGGACGUCCCGUCAUUAAGAGCAUUAGGAUGGAUCUGCGUCAUAACGCUGUCUUCUGGAUCCUGUUGUGUGCACUGAGUGGAGUGCGACUCACUCACCCUGAGUGUUCAAUCGUGCUGCACUUACACGAGAGAAAGGCUGAGUGUCAGUCAUGGCUGACUCUCCUGAGGCCCAUAUGCUGGUGUUUCUCAGAUUGUCCGGUGGAGUGGGAUGGUGUAAACUGUUGGCCUGCUGCACGAGUCGGAGAGAGCGCGUCAGUGUUCUGUCCACCAUCUCUGCAGAAACACAUCGUCAUCAUCCGUAACUGCACCAGUGACGGCUGGAGUGGUCAGAGUGUCCCCUAUUACACUGCUUGUCUUCAGGUGGACGCCAGCGAGGAAGAAGACACCAGGCACAAACAAGAAUACUUUGCUACUGUGAAGUUGAUGUACUCAGUCGGUUAUGGUGUGUCGCUAGGCUCUCUCUGCAUUGCCGUGUUCAUCUUCUGUAUCUUCAGGAAGCUGCUGUGCACCCGCACCUGCAUCCACCUCAACCUCUUCUCCUCCUUUAUUCUGAGGGGCGUUGCUGUGUUCGUGAAAGACGGCGUGUUAUUCGCUGACCAGACUAUUGAUCACUGCACUGUCUCCACGGUUGUGUGCAAAGCUACAGUGACAUUCUUCCAGUUUUCUGUCCUGGCAAACUUCUACUGGCUGCUAGUGGAGGGACUGUACCUGCAGACUCUCCUGGUGUUCACCUUCACCCAAAAGAGGGCCGUCUUCUGGUGGUACACGCUGAUCGGCUGGGGAACCCCGUCUGUGACGAUAAUCAUCUGGAUGCUCUUAAAGCUUCAGUUUGACAACCAGGGAUGCUGGGAUGACUUGGACAGUGGUCUCUGGUGGAUAAUCAAAACACCCAUCCUCCUCUCAGUAUUUGUGAACUUUCUUGUAUUUGUGAACAUCAGUAGGAUUAUUGUGUUGAAGACAAAGACCCCUGACUGUCAUUCAGGAGAAAGACCACUGUACAGGAGGAUGGUGAAGUCCACUCUGCUGCUGAUCCCUCUGUUUGGAGUCCAUUACGUAGUGUUCGCCCUGUUCCCUGAGCAUGUGGGGCUGGAGGCCAGACUUUUCUUUGAACUGGUGCUGGGAUCCUUCCAGGGCUUCACUGUGGCGUUGCUGUACUGCUUCAUGAACAGCGAGGUUCAGGAGGAACUGAGAAAGGUGACUGGUAGAUGUUGGUCCCAGAGCAGAAACAACAUGUUCAACAUGGUCACCCAAGACUUUAUGGCCUAGUUGAUGGGAG